ACACACCGCGGCGGUGCUCUCUCUCUCUCUCUCUCUCUCUCUCCAUCCUCGGGAGCGCUGGAUGGGAUUGUUGCUCUGUUGACCUUCACACACACACACACACAUUUGGGUUUGAACAGACAGACAGACAGGAGUGUGUAGUGGUGUGCUGAGUGUGUGAGGCGUGUUUUAUUCUCUCUCUCUCUCUCUCAGGCCCCUCUCUCUCUCUCUCUCUCUCUCUGUUCAUUAUUUAUUUCCGUUAUUGAUGGUGGGAGAUCUCUGCGCGUGCACGACUCGCCUGCUGACAUCUGCGACAUUCUGGUAGUUUCCCGAGCGCGCGCGCCAUGGCCCGGCCGCGUCCCCGCGACUAUAAAGCAGGAGACCUGGUGUUCGCCAAGAUGAAGGGCUACCCGCACUGGCCCGCGAGGAUCGAUGAGCUGCCAGAGGGCGCCGUGAAGCCUCCUGCUAAUAAAUAUCCCAUCUUCUUCUUCGGCACCCAUGAGACUGCAUUCCUCGGCCCUAAAGAUCUGCUGCCGUAUAAAGAGUAUAAAGAAAAGUUCGGGAAGUCAAAUAAAAGGAAAGGAUUUAAUGAGGGACUCUGGGAGAUCGAAAACAACCCCGGGGUCAAGUUCACCGGCUACCAGAGCGUGCAGCAGCAGAGCUGGUCAGAGGGGGAGGGAGCUGAUGCAGCAGACGGCAGCAGUGAGGGUGAAGAAGGUGAAUCCAUCGGAGAGGAAGAGGAAGGAAAGGUGAAGGGCGAGAAGGUCGGAUCCAAAAGGAAAAGGACCGCGUCCUCAAAGAAGACAAAGCUGUCCAGGAAAUGCUCGGCUGAGGAGGAAGAGGAGAAGGACGGUAAAGAAGACGAGGAGAAAAGAGAUAACGAUAACGACCUGCAGAACUCAGACAAGAAGACGUGCUGUCCAGGGAACCAGCUGCUGCGAGAGGAACAUUAGGGCCUGACGAACCUCUGAACAUGUUGUGGUUUGUUCUGUGACGUUGGAAAUGUAACUCGCUUUGACAUCUUCAAAAUAAAAAAAAAAAGGAAAAAAAAGAAUAUAAAAAAACAUUAUGUUAUUAUAAAGUCACCGAUCAGUAAAAAAUAUUAAAGCCAGAAGUACAGAGAAACUCCUCCAUGUCUCAUCAUCACAGCCAAGCUGAAGCUAACGCACGCUAGCGUUAAAGGGGCGGUAAGCUGUUCUCUCUCUGUCACAGGCACAGUGUGAGUUCAGUCGAGAUGUUGCUUACUGCCCCUUUAAUGUGUUAGUGCUCAUUAAUACUUCACCAGAUGUAAUAUAGUCAUGGGUUUAGCGUAAAUCUUCUAGCUGUAGCUGUUAUAGCUGGAGUGUUCACCUGGAAACCAGCCCGCACUCUUAAACCCUCUGACCAUUUGACAUUUCACCCCAUGAUUUUAUCAUUUGACCCUGACUGUGUCUGCCAGUCUUCACCCUUGACCCUUCAGCGUAACACUGGUUAUUUGUUGCUGUUUUUUCUCUUAAGCUUUUACUUUAACACUACCUUAAAACUGAAAGCUCUGACCUUUGACCUUUUAACCCCACAUUUUUUCUUCCUAAGCCUUGUGUUUGGCCUCAAACCAAAACCCUAGACGUUUAAUCUAAGCCCUAAUGCCUAACCCUAAUGCUGACCUUUGUUCUUAAUUUUGACCUUUACCUUUGAUCUCUCUGAUUGUAACCUUUUGUUCUAACACUACCCUUUAAACCUAAACUCCUAGCCUUGACCUUUUACCUUAAACCCUCACCUCUUUCUGAAACCUCCCCCUUUAAAAUUUUUACUUUUGAACCCAUAAUCAUUACUAUUUUUUCCUAUCCACAGCAUUUGACUGUUUUUAAUUUUACUCUGACCUUUAACCCUGAACAUUCUGUUCCCGGCCCUCUCUUCUGCCCACCCACCCUUUCCCCCUCGGAAUUUUGACCCUGUCCAUGCCGUGUGUGUAUAAACCCAUCAAAGACAGACAGACAGACAGACAGACAGACAGUGAUGAGUAUAUAUAGUGGUUUUGAGUAACACACUGUUGGUGGAUUUAGUUGAUGUUGAUGUAGAAUUUGGGACCACGCUAACGGAUAAAUGCUUGUCUCUUUUGUUUUUUUUUUGUUUUUGUUUUUUAUAUAAAAAAGUGAAUUCUGGUUCCUGUGUCCGUGCGCUCGCUUGUUUCUUAGCUCUUUAGUGGCAUGCUGUCUGUCCUGUUAAUUUUGUAAGAUAGAAAUCAUUCGGAGAUUAGCCCCGAGUCCGAGGCAGGAAGCGUCUCCCCUAACGUUAGCACUUCAUGACGUCAUCAUUGAACUGAAGACGCUCUUUUACUUCCUGAUCUGUGUUUAUAUAAAAAUAUAUUCUAUUUAUUUUUCGAUGAUAGUAGAUGAUGACACAUCUGUGGUAAGUGUUAGCGCGUUCGCACGUCCUGAUUUAGUCACAUGACCUGUGUUUCUGUGUCAGCAUAGGCAGAGUUAUCGCUCAUAACUCAUCCUAUGACUGGUACACUAUCACUGGUACACACACAACCAACUUCCUGUUAUAACCCGUUAUAACCACAUAACCACACUCGAGUGCUAAGCCAAAGAACUUUAAAGAUAAAAUAAAAUAACAUUGUGAUGAUGUCACAGACUCAAGUCCACUGAUUGGCUGCUGGUAUUUCCAGCCCCAUCCCUUGUCAACUCACACAUGCAUGUCAGUGAGUAAAAUCAGGACGUAGAGAUCAUAAGCGUAGGUUUUUUGCCCCUCCUUAUCUUUGUUAUGCUCGUUACAGUUCUAUCUGACAUUUUCAACGUUUGUAGUUCACUGUAAACUGUUUUUCCUGUUUAUUCACAAGACUUUUACAGAAUAAAUUUGUUGGAAUGCA